GCGGAUAAAGCCAUGAAAAACGGCCCCGCUAUUUCCAACCGGCGCUCUUGGGCGCAACGCAAGCUUUCAAGGGAAAACCAAGGCGUCAAAAGGCCCACACAUUUCUGUUGGACGCAUAAAACUGGAACGUUGAGUGGCUCGAGAGCCAGUGCCGACUGAUCCGAUCCUGUCUGGGAAGUCUGGCCAAGACGGCGCGACACAACAGGAGGAGACCCAGGUGGAGUUGUUGAUCGGGACCCUGAGGAAGUCCGAGAUUUGUCGAGUUUAGUUGGUUCUGCGAUUUUAGCUUCGGCUCCCUCUCCUGAUCAUCGCAUUUCUGGCACAAAAACACUUCGACUUCUGCACUUCUUGACGACUUUGGUUUGCGAUUUCUCUUUGGGCGUUUGUGCGGUCAAAGGCACGAGAACGGCGCAACGGGGAUCAGGAAAAAGACCAAAUAAAAGACGAAAAAGAACGGGGGAAAAAAAUGAUAUCCUCACGAUCGUCGUGCCGGCUUCGGCUGCCUCGCCCAAGGUCAUUCCUAGGCUUCAUGUCCCUACAGACCGGCACGGAGCUUGUCUCUCUUGCGCUCUUGUUCAACAAGGCGACGGGAAUCUAUGGCCUCCUUACCCUCUUCACGGGCUUUCAGAUGUCGAUCCUUCAGUUCACCGCCUAUUUCCUUUCGAUUGCCGUUAUCGCCGUUCUGGCGUUCUGCCUCCCACAUAUUCGCAAGGGAACGCCGUUUCAAAACCUCUUGCUAGCCUGGGUUUACGCGGUGGACACGAUUGUGAGCGGACUAUACACGACAGCUUUUGCGACGGGGUGGUACAUACAGUUAAAGGAGAUGCAGGCCACUGUCGCCUCAGGAGCUCCCGAAGAAGAGGAAUUUCAAAUGGUUGAGCCUAGGGGCGAGACAACCACCCCAGUCAGAGACGACGGCAUCGACACGGCGUUUAGCAUGGUGCUUAUUAUUGGGUUUACACUUAUCAGGAUUUACUUCAGCUUGGUUAUCAUGGCCUAUGCUCGGGCCGUUAUCCUGCGGUUUGUUGACGAGAGGGUGCCCGAGUCUGACGAGGAUGAUGAGUCCGGGUCGGCACCAAAUCCGUUUGCUGAGGGUGCCCCCCUGGGAGAGGGAUUGGAGGGCAAGAUUGGGAGGUACAUGAUUUCUGUGGGGAAGAGCUAUUGGCUUGGUGGAAGAAAGGAGGAUGAGGAAUGGGCUAAAGAUGUUCAUUCAAAAUUCAGGAGCAGCAGGAGAUGAUUCUCCUCUGCCGGUGAUGUUGUCGAGAUGUGGGACGAAGUACAUAAUGGCGGAGGCGAAUCACAUGUUUUCAGCGGCAUUUAAUGAGUUCAAAGGGCCAUCUUUCUGGGUAUAGCACGGUACAUUUGGGCG